GUAUUUUCUACCACUGAAAGACUCUUUUUUUGUGUCCAGUCUGAACAACAUUUUGGGCUUCCUGCCCAAACAGAGGCGUACAGGCUUGUUCUCAGCGACUCAGACUCAGGAGCUGGAGAAGCUGGUGAGGGCCGGCCUCAGAAACCCGGUGCGCAUCACCGUCAAGGAGAAAGGUGUAGCUGCCACCUCUAUGCAGAAAACACCCUCCAGACUCUCCAACUACUACACUAUAUGUCGAUCAGAGAACAAGUUCAACCACCUGGUGACGUUUCUAAGGCAACACAAGCACGAGAAGAACCUGGUUUUCUUCAGUACGUGUGCCUGUGUGGAGUACUACGGUCGGGCUCUCGAGGUUCUGGUCAAGAAAGCAGAUGUCCACUGCAUCCACGGCAAGAUGAAAAACAAACGCAACAAGAUCUUUGCUGACUUCCGGGCCCUGAAAAGUGGGAUCUUGGUGUGUACUGAUGUCAUGGCCAGAGGCAUCGAUAUCCCCGAUGUUAACUGGGUGCUGCAGUACGAUCCUCCCAGCAAUGCCAGUGCGUUUGUACAUCGAUGUGGACGUACGGCACGUAUCGGCAAUCAGGGCAACGCCCUUGUUUUUCUGCUGCCAAUGGAGGAGGCCUAUGUCAAUUUUUUGUCCAUCAAUCAGAAAUGCCCCCUCCAGAAGAUGGUCCUCUCAGGAGAUGUUCCAGAUGUGCUGCCCAAAGUGAAGACUCUAGCUCUGGCAGACCGCGCCAUGUUUGACAGAGGCAUGAGAGCCUUCGUGUCCUACGUCCAGGCCUACGCCAAACACGAAUGUAGUCUCAUCUUCAGGUCCAAAGAUCUGGAUUUGGCCACCUUAGCCCGCGGCUUCGCCCUCCUCCGCCUGCCGAAGAUGCCCGAGCUGAGAGGGGAUACACUCCCUGAUUUUAAGGAGACGACAGUGGACACAGACAAAAUCCGCUACAAGGACAAGCAAAGGGAGAAGCUGAGACAGAAGUUGCUCCUCGAGUUGAAAGAUCAAGUGAAGAUCUCGUAUCCCAAAAAGAACUUCAUCAAGAAUAAGUCCUGGUCGAAACAGAGGAGCAAGAAGGAGCGCAGGGAAAAAAGGUCCGCCAAGAGGAGGCGUGACGAGGGCUCUGAUGUGGAGGAUGAAGAAAUGCAAGAGCUUUUAAAUGACACUCGCAUCCUCAAGAAACUUAAGAAAGGGAAAAUCACAGAGGAGGACUUCGAGAAUCAGAUAUCAGCUCAGAUCAGCGGACCAAAGUCAAAACACAAAGCAGGAGCAGCGACACACGAGGGCUCCGGGGGCGAGGAGGUGUGAAAAGCUGUGUUUCUACAUGUAAAAAGCAGAAAUCAAAUAAACGUUUGACAUGGGUUUACCUUUUU